CAAAAAAAUUGACAUUUAAAAAGACCAUUAUGAAUGGCAGGUAGAAAAAUAGUAUUUAAGGGAUUAAAAGGAGAGCUAGUACACGGAAGUUAAAAAAAUUCUACCCCAUCCAUUUAGUUGAAAGACAAUGUAAGCCAGAAAUAUGUGUUCCCAUCUUCUUCUUUCGAUUUUCUGUCUAAUACUGGUUUUCAAUCAGGUAUUCUCGGAUUGUGAUAAAACUGAAGGACCGACAGGAAAUACAGGAUGUGUUUAUUCCCCUAAAUACUCCAAAUUCCAGGCAGCUGUUUGUAUGCUUAAGCAGAAGAUCGAGCGCUCCACGGGUAGACAUUUGACAUGCUGGGGGUCUAGAACGAAAUAUUGCUGGUAUCAAUGUUCGGCAACAGCAAGCCAUGGCGGUCUGUCUGCUUGUCAAUGUGAUCAAAAUUCUACAAAUGUGGACAACACUGAUACGCUUGAUAUAAACUGUUAUUUUCCAUCUGGAGACUGCUCUUGGUUUUUUGAAUGUUUGGCAAAGAGGAAGUCUUGUCCAGCAGUAACGGAGGCCGGUAAUACAUGCCAAGAACUGAAGAACAGUAGCAAGAACAUCUCGGAAAACGGCAAGGCGUGGGUUAAAGGUGUCAUAAAAUGCAUGCAAAAUGAUUUAGUUCAUUUGCUCUAUCCACAGGUUGAAGCCGAUUGCGAAAAAGUGAACUCCACUGUAGAGUCGUCAACAAAUUACUGCCUCACAGACCCUUUGGUGGACAAUCUUUUCUGCGAGUUAUCUUGGGAUGACAUCUUCCAAAUAGACGGUUUUGUUGGAGGUGUCUUCACCGGACUUAAAAGAUGCUUAAUGACAACGUAUGUUCCUAGUUGGGCAAAGCAGCUCUUGUUUUAUGUUGAAAACUAUGAUACAGAUGACUGGGAUACGGUGGCUGAGAAACUUGCCGAGACACUCUCCCAAUCAUUUCAGUGGUCAGAUUCCGGUGUGAAAUAUAAAACAGUAGGCCCAGCAAUACUUCCAUCAAACGGGGACUCGAUUCCAUUACGGAUCUAUCUGUACUCUGAAUCAAAGAAUGAAACACUGAUUUUAGAAACGAUAGACGAUCUAAAGGAGAGAAUUGUUCAGGGAAACGUAACCACGCUGACAUUCAAAGAAGGAAAGACCGUAAAAGUUACCCAUGUCAUUGGCUGCAAUGAUCCACAGUGUCUCUCAUACUCAUUUUCUAUGCAAACAGAAUGCAGUGAAAUUGCCAAAAAUUUGUCCUGCCAAAUCCUUGAAGCUCAUGAAUUAAACAACUUGAUACUAUACAGCACACAUGUAAGAGAAAACCCGCCAGAUGAUGGCGCAAACGCUCUGCAGAAUAUACAGGACGCUUGUCAAGGGAGACCAGCCAGAAGAUCAUCUUAUUCCUGUAAAAUCAGUGGUAAGACUCACGUGGCCCCUGGAGGGACGAUUUGUCUUGACGAAUUGAUUCUACAGUAUGUCAUUGAUCUCCAAAGCACUGCUUACAAACCCCAGAUAAACUCUCUCGCGGGUUCUUGCCACACUAGUACGUCAUUACACUACAGCGGAAUGGCAGUCGAUUUACAACUGAACAAAAUAGCAGGAACAGACAAAAGGGACAAAAACCAAGAGGAAGCCUACACUAAGGCCUGCAAAACAGCUAACGGGUGGCACCAUGGAGGGACACACGUUCACUGCCAGAUAAUGAAUUUAAAGCAAACAUCGAAGACGGUGAAAGGCGAUUCAAAAUGCACAGACCAAGAAGGGCAAUGCAAGGAAACUUCAGUCGGCUGCGAUAAUGGACGAUUUCAGAAAAAUCUGUGUGCUGGAAGAUCAACUCGUCAAUGUUGUCUUCCAAAUCCGUAAUGACGUCAUGGCUAUGGCCCAGUACCUUAUCAACCAUGAAGUAUGGUAGGAAGUAACCAAAGGAUAAUGAAAAAUCAUAACUAUUGUCGAUCUUCUGAUUUGAUUUUGAAAUUGAAUUUAUGACUAUUAUAAGCAUUCCGUCCAUUGUUUUUGUAAAUUGUUUUGUCAAAUACCCGUCUUCAAAUCUUAUUCUGUCAAUAAAA